AUGGCAACAGGCCUCCUGGCACCCCCAGGUGGGCGGGGGCAGCCCCAGUCCCCCAUCCGGGCCAAGCACCUCCUGGGCAUCCCCUGCCCUCUGAGCACCAGGGUCCUGGGCGGGCAGGGCCUUCGGGCCGCAGGCUCACCCGGUGCCUCUUCCCCAGACCACCUGCUGGCUGACGCCUACUCUGGCCACGACGGGUCCCCCGAGAUGCAGCCAGCCCCCCAGAACAAGCGCCGCCUCUCCCUCGUCUCCAACGGCCGCUAUGAGGGCAGCCUCUCGGAGGAGGCAGUCAUUGGGCAGCCGGCCGGAGAGGGCCCCCAGCCCCGCGUGUACACCAUCUCUGGGGAGCCAGCCCUGUUGCCCAGCCCGGAGGCCGAGGCCAUUGAGCUGGCGGUGGUGAAGGGGCGGCGGCACCGGGAGCAGCAUCCCCACCACCACGGCCAGCCCCUGCGUGCCAGCCCGGGCAGCAGCCGCGAGGACGUCAGCACACCCUGCCAGAGCUGGGCGGGCAGCCGCCAGGGCUCCAAGGAAUGUCCAGGAUGCGCCCAGCUGGCCCCUGGCCCCUCCCCUCGGGCCUUUGGGCUGGACCAGCCCCCUCUGCCCCAGGCCACUGGCCGCCGCAAGAAGCUGGAAAGGAUGUACAGUGUGGACCGCGUGGCUGACGACACCCCCACCCCCAUCCGCACCUGGUUCCCCAAGGAGAACCUCUUCAGCUUCCAGACAGCAACCACAACUAUGCAAGCGGUGUUCAGGGGCUACGCGGAGAGGAAGCGCCGGAAGCGGGAGCAUGAUUCCGCGUCUGUAAUCCAGAGGAACUUCCGAAAACACCUGCGCAUGGUCGGCAGCCGGCGGGUGAAGGCCCAGAGCGGCGACCUGCAGAGCUCGCACUGCACCUUGGGCGAGGCUUUUGAGGACCUGGACUGGGAGACCGAGAAGGGCCUGGAGGCUGUGGCCUGUGACACCGAGGGCUUCUUGCCGCCCAAGGUCAUGCUCAUCUCCUCCAAGGUGCCCAAAGCCGAGUACAUCCCCACCAUCAUCCGCAGGGACGACCCCUCCAUCAUCCCCAUCCUCUACGACCACGAGCACGCGACCUUCGAGGACAUCCUGGAGGAGAUCGAGAAGAAGCUGAGCAUCUACCACAAGGGAGCCAAGAUCUGGAAGAUGCUCAUCUUCUGCCAGGGCGGCCCGGGGCACCUGUACCUGCUGAAGAACAAGGUGGCCACCUUUGCCAAGGUGCUGAAGGAGGAGGACAUGAUCCACUUCUGGAAGCGGUUGAGCCGCUUGAUGAGCAAAGUGAACCCAGAGCCAAACGUCGUCCACAUUAUGGGCUGCUACAUUCUGGGGAACCCCAACGGGGAGAAGCUGUUCCAGAAUCUCAGGACCCUCAUGACCCCUUAUAGGGUCAUCUUUGAGUCCCCCCUGGAGCUGUCUGCCCAAGGUGAGUUCGUCAGGCUGGGGCCCGGCGCGCUGGGUGGGGUGCAGGAGGGAGCUCCCCAUUUCCCCAGGCCCCAUAUGCCCACUGCCACCCAUCCCCCAGUGAACUGGGCACAGCCGGGCCUGGCUACCCCAGUGGCCUGGGGACAGAGCAACUGGUGCCAGCUGGGCGCACCCAAAGCCAUCAAGGUCUGGGGUUAG